CAUGUGAAGCUAAAGUUUAUCAGCUGGAGGCGGUGAGCUGUCAUAAUGUGAGCUGAGGGUCCUGCAGGCUGCUCUGCAAGGAAAUGGACGAGAUAAGUCCUUUGUUGGGCAACCAGAAUUCUGGGUAUCCACAGGAAGAUCCAGACCCUCUGUCUCCAAACCUGAGGCCAAGACACCGGGACCUGAUCCCCACACCAUGUGGACCGAUAAAGCCCUGGUCGGAGCUGUCCUGUCUGCUCAGACUCUACUUCUGCUUCACCGUAGCGUCCCUGCUGGCUCUGCUCGGCCUCACCCUGUACAGCGUCUACCAGCAGCACACGGAGGUGGACCCCACUGCCGAGGACAACUUCACUGUGUCUCUCAUCCAGAUGGUGGGAAUAUUGUUCUGCAUCUACUACAUCAGCCGGGGGGUGCUGCAGGAGAACAGGCAGGAGCUGGUGGUGUUUGUGCUCAGCGUGCUGCUGGUGAUGGUUCGCUCCAUCGUCAACUUCUCCGUGCUGGAGGCAAAGAGCAAGCAGGAGCUGCUGGUGCGUUUCGUGUGCAUCAUGACUCUGGGCGUGAUCCACGUCUGCUGCACCUUGCUGCUCAUCCAGAGGCCCAACAUCAUGGCGUUCCGUGUGGGUGGGGCCUUGGAGACCCUCCAGGAGCAGUACUUCUUGCUCAACCUGUGUUUCUCAAUGGUGACCUUUGACCUUCAGGCUCAGUUAUGUCUCUGUAUCCUGAUCACAACGUCGGACGUGUCCAUGUCUGCUCAGAACACCAUCAUCCUGGCGGUGGGGGUGGUGUGGGCCUGCCUGACGGCUGCUGUGGGGACUGCUGCUGUUUUGAAGGAAGCCAAGAUCUUUGUCUGGGUCUUCAUGGUGCAGAACCUCCCUCAGCUGGCCUUCUUUGUUUAUCUGAUCUACACGGUGGUAACGAGAUGGUUCCAAGACAGAACGUAUACCCUGGAGGCCGCUGCCGUCACAGGAGCUUUGAUUUCCCUGGUGAUUAAAGUGGUGUUACUGUGGGGCCUCAUCAGACUGGUGCACAGCUUUGGACUAGGCCUGAGAGAGAGGAUGUUUGCCCCCAGCAAGUGAUAAAACAUCCAGUGGUCGCGGAACAAGGACACAGCUGCAUGCUGGGAGCCCGGCAUUGAGAGGUCGGAGCCGCUCAAUCACAAAAUUAACUGCUGACAUUGUCCACAUUCUUUUCUUUGCCUAUUGUGUGCCGAGUACUGUAUAUUUUUAUUUCAGCUAACACUCCUUUUUACAUGGAUGUAAAGCAUCACCACUGAAAACGCCUUUGCAGCUUGUAUUGUUUUUAAUGUAAUGCACAUUGUAAUAUCUGAGUCCUUAGUAUAUCAAGAUUUGGUAUGCAGACACAACUUAAAAGUAAUUCUAUCUUGAAAGGUCUUACUUUCCUUCCUGUAAAUUACAUUUAGAUUGACUUGAGUUUGCUUUUUGAAAUUGUAAUCGUUCAACCUAAAUCAUGUGACUACAAUAUCUAGACUACUUCUCUAUGCAACACUGCAUAUUUUUUAUUCAACUUUCUUACUCACUCCCUUUUUUGCACUGUUCUAAAUAAACUAUAAAACACAUGAACCCAA